AUGAGAGCAUUUAUGGCGGAAGACAAUUUAUGUGCUCAAAACUUGUUGAAAUUGGUGUCCCAUGGAAAUGCAAUAGUAGCAGAAAUUCUGAGAUUGAAAGAUCACAAACCUACGAUUUAUUUAUUAGAAAAUAAAGAUUUACAGCAAAAAUAUCAAGAUGUUAUCAUGGAUUUUAGUUACUUCAAAAUCUCAGAAAGCCAGGAAAAGAAAAUAAGUACUAGCAUGAAAUUACAAGAUUUGGAUGAUGACUUAAAAGAAAAAUAUUUGGAAUUGAUAAAUCGCUUUUAUUUACUUUUUGAAAAUAUUUACCAGUAUAUCAUGGAUUUGAAUUUGUUUGUUGAGCAAUUAAAUGAUGGUGGAUUUAUUCAACAAAACAUUGAAACUGUUCUAAGAGAUGUUGAGGGAAAACAACUUCUGUGUGAAUCACUAUAUUUGUAUGGUGCAAUGCUUUUGUUAUGUGAUCUGUAUAUCCCGGGACCAGUGAGGGAAAGACUAUUGGUGGCAUUUUAUCGUUAUAGUACAAGUCAGUCACAAUCUAAUAUUGAUGACGUCUGUAAACUAUUAAGAGAUACAGGAUAUAAUCAACAAAGUGGGAAAAGACCAGCUGAUUACCCCAUUGAGUACUUCAGCCGCAUCAACAUACGCCCGGAAUUUAUUGAAAAGAUAGUUGGAAAACUGAGAUCAGAAGACAUUUACAAUCAAUUAGCUGUUUAUACCAUUCCAGAACACCAAGCUUCAGCUCUAGCCACACAGGCAAGUAUGCUUGUGGUUUGUUUAUUCUUCACUCCUCAUUACUUGCAUUCAGACACAUCAAAAAUGAGAGAAAUUGUAGAUAAAUUCUUCCCUAGCAACUGGAUAAUACCUGUUUAUAUGGGAGUGACUCUUAACAUUAUAGAUUAUUGGGAAAAUUUCAAAGCUGCCAGGAUGGCGCUUAGCAAUACUUGCAACAAUAAAAUGGUGAAAGAAGUAUAUAGUAAAAGGGGUAAUUCAGUUCAAAUGUUGAUUACUAAAACACAUCAACUUCUAAAAGAAGGAAUUUUAAGUGAUGAUUUUGUAUUGGACAACAUAAACAAAAUAUUGAAUCUGUUACUAAAUUCGAACCUCGUUUUACGAUGGUUGAUGCUGCACACCAGUGAUGUUAUAUUUUAUGAUAAUAACAAAAAAAGUAAACAAUUGAAAGAUCUGGUUCAAAAAGAAUCUAAUCAUGAUCCUUUGAAGUUUUUUGAACUACUUAUAAGUACUGCAGAAUUAGAACUAAAAGUAAGAGAAAGUCUCCAAAAGUUACUGGAAACUAGAAACGAAUCUUGGAAUUCGAACAAAGCAUUAGCCCUGGACGCUAUCAAUAGUUUGGCUGAAUUAUUUUCUGGAGCGAAACCAAUAACAAAGAUACAGGAAAAUGAGCAUUUAAAACUUUGGUUUGAAAACAUUGCUAAACAGAUUACUUCUUUGAGUGAUUCAAUUACAACCAAAUCUAUAAAAAAGAUUACCCAGCUUAUACAAGCCCUUGAUGAAGUAGAAGAAUUUCAUGGUAUCAAAAGUACUUCAACAAUUCUUCAAUUCCUUUCGGAAAGCAAGAUAGCUUUGAAAAAUAUUCUAAGAGCUGCUACUUUAAAAGAAGAUUCCUUAGUGACUUUAGAAACUAUAGCAGAUGUUAGUUAUGCAUGGUGUACAAUUGAUUCAUAUACAAAUUUUAUGCAAGAAAGUAUUAAGGAGGAUCCUGCUGUAACCAGCAGAUUAAGGGCCCUGUUCCUAAAGUUGGCAAGUGCCAUGGAAAUUCCGUUACUUCGGAUCAAUCAGGCUCAUAGUGAUGACUUAAUUUCGGUUUCCCAAUAUUACAGUAAUGAACUGAUCAAAUACAUACAAAAGGUAUUGCAAGUAAUACCAGAAAUGGUUUUUAGCAUAGUUGAAAAAAUUAUAGAUCUACAAACAUGGGCCAUUAAGGAGGUACCAACAAGACUAGAAAAAGAUAAACUAAGAGACUUUGCACAACUAGAACAUAGAAUGGAAGUUGCAAAAUUGACGCAUUCUGCUUCCACAUUUACAACUGGAAUACUAGAUAUGCGAUCUACUUUAGUAGGUGUUAUUAGAGUAGAUCCUGCCGAGUUAUUAGAAGAAGGAUUAUUAAAUGAAUUAGAUAGGCAUAUAAGCAAGAAAUUUACAGAAUUCUUGGAACCACAAUCAAAAAAGCUGUCAGCGUCCCCAAACAAUUUAUUACCGCGUUUACAAAAAUUAGCAGAAAGCAUGGAUGGAUAUAAGAGAUCCUUGGAGUAUAUACAAGACUAUAUAAAUAUACAUGGACUAAGAAUUUGGCAAAAGCAGGUAUCGGCUAUUAUCAGCGAAAGUGUGGCCCAGGAAAUAAGUAUACGAAAAGGAGUCGCCUUAUACAGCCCAUCAGCUGGGUUCAUGGGUAGUUUGGCUAGACAAAUUGCACAAUUGACAGAUGCUAGGACAUGUGUUUAUUUAAGCGUUUGCAGCGCUUGGUAUGACGUAAAAAGUCACAAUGAAAUAAUAAACACAAAAACUUUCGCAAAAUUAAACGAAGCUAUGGGUGUUGUCGGAAUUUAUGGUUUAGACACACUUUAUGCUCAUAUGAUUAAAAAUCAAUUGCAAAAUAUUCAACAUACCCUACGAAGCAAUCAAGACAAAACAAUAUUUUACAACAUAAGUGCUGACUUAAAAGACAUUGAACUAAUAAAUGUCAAGGGGCACAAAACUAUACAACAAUUAGUGGAGAUUCUUGUUUUGAUUGGAUCACUGCAAAUCAUCAGAAAGCAUAUUGCAUACCAACUGAACACUACCUGCAAGUUUAACUCUGCCCAUUUAGAAGCUUCUCUAAGAACCUUAAAUGAAUCCUUACUGAAUGAUUUGAAGUUAUCUGCAAAAAAUGACGAAAAGUCAAAAGUAUCCCUAUCAUUGAUUCAGAUAUUUGAGGACCACUUGGUGAGAUGUGGGAUAAAUGAACCAUUUGAGAAAAUAUACCUGAAAACGUCUCAAGAACUUUUAAAUGUAGACUUUGGUCGUCUCCUGGCAGUGGUAUUGAUAUCCCAACUGACUAAAUUGCAUAUAUGCCACACUACAGGGGAUAUAAUAUCAAAGAAAGCUGGGGAGAAUAUUGACGGGUAUCCAUUGUUAGUGGGUAUCUACACAAUGCUGCAUCAAACAAAAACUGAUAGUAUUGAAAUAUUUAUUGAUUUCUUAUGCACAUAUGCAAGAGUAGCAACACUUAUGAGGACAAAAUCUACAGAUGCCAGUGGUGAGGGUAUGAAUGUUGUAAGAAUAUUACAGUUGUUUUGCGAAAUAUUUAGUUAUCCGUUUAGUAAAAUGGAAGACAAACUUCCAUUGGUUUUGUUAUCAAACCCAUUGAUAAAUUAUUAAUUGAAUAUAUUAUAUAAUUAUCUUAAG